UGGAAUCGUUUCGAGAUGCCUGAGCCUGCGAAGUCCGUUCCGGUACCUAAGAAAGGGUCGAAGAAGGCCAUCACCAAGACUCAAAAGAAGGGCGACAAGAAGCGCAAGAAGAGCAGGAAGGAGAGCUAUUCCAUCUAUGUCUACAAGGUGCUCAAGCAGGUCCACCCGGACACGGGCAUCUCCUCCAAGGCCAUGAGCAUCAUGAACUCCUUCGUCAGUGACAUCUUUGAGCGUAUCGCGGCCGAGUCUUCCCGCCUGGCGCAUUACAACAAGCGAUCCACUAUCACUUCCCGGGAGAUCCAGACUGCUGUGCGCCUGCUGCUGCCCGGGGAGUUGGCCAAGCACGCCGUGUCCGAGGGCACCAAGGCUGUCACCAAGUACACCAGCUCCAAGUAAACUUGGAAAAGAACCACUCCACUUAAACCA